UGUUCGAGCUGUGGUGGGGGUUUACCUGUACAAGUUUUCGAUAUAUAUGGAAGCACGUUUACGAUGCGACGUUGUGAUGUGUCUUCGUAUUGAUGAAGCUCACUGUAUUGUUGUUGUUUAUGUUAUGUUUUGAGCGCGGGAGAAUGAGGUGCAGUGCAUGGGUAAUGGGAUGAUAAUGCAUGACAGCUGACACUGUAUCAACGUUUUGUAAUAGUGACACCGAAAUGUUUGAAAUUACGUGCAGUACUACUCUCUUUACUGUUGGGACCUUUCCCAUGGUUUUCGUCUUGGAGGAAAAUGAUGAAAACAAAAUUAUCGCCCAAAUGAUCCAGCAUGGUGGUGGCUGUGUAGCUUCUUUAAGAGGACCAUAUGGCAUUAUCCUAUCAUCUCCUGAAAAUUUGCUGUUGUUACAAAAUGAAGCAGUUUUCUCCACUGACUUCAUCAAGGACUGCUGUAUAGCCAAUAGGAUUUUGGAUAUAAAUCAGUACAGGUUAGGUGGUCCUUCCAGUUAUUCUGAUAACUUCAAUGCUAUGAAGGUGCUCCUGAGACAGUCUCACUGGCCAACACCUGCAGAAAGGGAUGAAAAUGACUCAGCUAAUACUGAUAGGCUCUCAGAUUCUGAUACUACUGUGGAGUCUCAGAAUUCUAGAAGAAACAUGAGCUCACGUAGAAGCAGAACAUUAUCUGGAAAUGAAGAGAAAGAAAUUCUUCGUUACAUUGUAGAGAACAAGGAGAUUGGUCUCAUUUUGGGAAAUACUCUGUGGAAGAAAAUUGCACAAAAAAAGCUGCAGGGUCGAACAUGGCAGCCACUGAAGAAGCAUUUUCUGAAACACGUGUUGCCCAAUAUUACAAAGUAUACAUUUUUGUCUGUAACGGACAGACUUGAGUUCCAGAAACAUGGGAAGGUGCCUGCAGACAGUCAUGAUGUAACAAAUUCAGAAAGUAAACUACAAUCUGGUUCAUCAGUUCCAAAAACAAUCAGCCUGCAUAAACCAACAGAAAGUGGUGAUACUGGAAGUUCUUCAAGGGCUAUCAGCCAGAAACAUGUGGAGCAACUUAGAUCAAGUAGAUUGCUCAGUCCCUGUGGAUCUUCUGUAAGUACUGAUGCCAGCAGUCUUGAAAGGGGCUGUGGUCAGAGGCUCCCAGAGAAACGUAAACCAUUCAGAAUCAUCAGAUUCCGUGAAUCUUCUGAAAGUGACAGUGACGGUUGUCCAGGAAAUACAGGUCGGGUAAAUAGAUCUACCAGCUCACGGGUACUUCAUGAGAACGAAGGUGGCAGAUGUCCCGGGAAACAGGAUGACCUGCAGCACCUAGAGAAAAACAAAGCACAUACCAUACAAAGAAAAUCUCAAGAUAGUUCUUCAUCUGAUGACUGGUUUGCAGCAACGACUCAAGAGCGACAGAACGUGAAUGUCAAAGCCAUCAGUCAGAAGUCUAAGAAGUUGAGGAAAAGACAUAGGGAAGAAUUUACAAUGGAAGAAGAAUAUGCCAUACUCACAUACCUCCAGAAGCAUAACAGGUUUAGUAAUACUGGAGGCAACGUUGUAUGGAAGAAUAUGGCAGCAACAGAGCCAGUGGGAAAUCGUCAUACAUGGCAUUCGCUGAGGGAACGGUACCUGAAGAAGAUUGUGCCAAAUAUUAAUAAAUACAAUUUGCCAGAAGAAAUAGUGAGACGUAUUAAGUCAAAAGAUUCACAACCAGUAGCAAAAAAAGUGGGCAAACACAGUCUGUUUGCGUGACCUACACUUACUGCGUAUAACAUAAUGGCUUUCAUUUACCAUGUAAGAGAAUAGGCAGAAUUUGCCAGAGGAACCAAAAUACAUGCAGAGGUCAGGAUAAAAACUGUUAUAUCCAGCUCAUGUGAAAGUGCAUUGUUAAUAAUUGUAAAAUUCCACUUGUGUAUUAUUAUUAAGUUUUUGGAUAUAUGUGGUACAUUAGGAAGAUUUGCUGAUUUUUGUCUCCUUGUAAAUUUAACAUUGUUUUGAGUGCAUUUAUACUUCUUUAAAUUUAUUUAAGCUGUAUUUAUUUAUUAUUUAAUUUUUUAAAAAUUUGUUAUUUAAAAUUGGUUCUAGUGUAUUUAUGCCUUUGUAAAUUUACUUUCAACGU